GCCUCCCUUCGAUCUGUCGUGCCGCAGCUCAUCAAUGAACCGAAGAUACGAUCUCUUUUCCUUCUGAGAUCAUCCACCAAUCGUCUUGUGCUUGAACAUGGCUCGCGGCAAACAGUCUCCAGCACCGGUGUCAUUACCGGUGGUUUCGUUUACCAGGAUUGAUGACAAGGAGUACAACAGACCGGGUGGGGUCGACAGUAAAACGGAAAGGACCUUUGGAUACAAUGACUUCUCUGACUUCAAGAGACCGAGCGGGUACAUCCGAUACAUCGAACCGUUGGAGAGCGAGUUGGCCGUCCAGGUAGAGUAUGACAUGGACGAACAAGACCAGGAGUGGUUGGACGAGGUCAACACAGAACGGCACAACGAUCAGUUGGACAAAGUAUCUUAUGAGAUGUUCGAAGUCAUCAUGGAUCGCCUGGAGAAAGAGUGGUUUGACCUGACGAAGAAUAUACCGAGGCCCGAGAUGGACCUACCCUCCGAAGACUCGACAUGUGCUAUCUGCGACGAUUCCGAGGGCGAGAACAUGAACGCAAUUGUGUUCUGCGAUGGUUGCAACCUAGCUGUGCAUCAGGAUUGCUACGGUGUCCCUUACAUCCCCGAAGGACAGUGGCUUUGCCGCAAAUGCACGGUAUCGCCAGAAAUUCCGGUGUCCUGUAUCCUCUGCCCGAAUGAAGGCGGCGCAUUCAAACAGACUGUUACCGGCGACUGGGCCCACCUCCUAUGCGCCAUAUGGGUACCCGAGACCCGCGUCGCUAACGAAGUCUUCAUGGAGCCGAUCACAGGCGUCGAAAAGAUACCGAAGCAACGUUGGAAGCUGAAAUGCUCCCUUUGCGACGUUCGAGAGGGUGCAUGCAUUCAGUGUAGCAAGUCGUCGUGCUUCGUCGCCUUUCACCCCACCUGUGCUAGGAAAGAGAAAUUCCUGAUGCCUAUGAAGGGCGCAGCUGGGGUAGAACCCGGUAUGCUGACGUGUUAUUGCGAGAGGCAUCUUCCGAAAGAACAAGCCGACGCUCGUGAAGCCGCCCUCGCGCAGCACCAGUCUGGCCCUGACAAUCCGGAUUCGACGCUCUCUCGCACGGCUCGUGCAUAUGCAAAAACAUACAAACAGGGUGCUCCUUUGGUUCCUGCCAUCAUCGUCUCUCGUAUCCUCCAGUACAUCGCCAAAGUGUCCAUACGAAAGAAAACAGAAUUUGUUCAUAUGGUAUGCAGGUAUUGGAGUCUGAAGAGGGAGGCGAGAAGGGGCGCGCCGCUCUUGAAGAGGUUACAUCUCGAGCCGUGGACGGCGAACAAGGGCGGCAACGGACAAACGGACGAGGAAAAGGCGAUCAAACUUCAGCACAUGCGACGUCUACGUGCGGACCUCGAAUACGUGCGCUUGAUCAUUGGCAUGAUACCCAAACGCGAGAACAUCAAGUUGGAACAAGCGCAAGCGAUCCAGGAGCUACUGCAAUCUUUUCUGUUCGCUCACGAAACUCCGCUGCGUGCUGCUUUCGAGAAGAUAAUCGCGAAGGACACACAUGAUCAUUUUAAGAAUCCAGUAUCAAGGGUGGACGUGCCAGAUUACUUUGAAGUCAUCGAGAAACCCAUGUGUUGGACCUGGAUUGAGAACAAGUUGGAUCGGCAUGGAUACUGGGACGUUCAAUCCUUCAAGGAGGAUAUUCUCCUUGUUCUAGACAAUGCCAAGAAGUAUAACGCGCCAGACUCCCUUUUCUAUCGGACAGCAUCUCGUAUCCACACGCAUGCCAUAUCUAUCCUAAGCAACCUGGACAGGCCAAACUCCGAGGCCGCGGCUAUCGACGAUCGUACUGUCGGGGACCUCGAGCCGGAAAUGGAUGUUGUUGAGAUGCUUCUCGCUGAGCAACCGGACAAGGGCAUCAAAGAAGAACUCGAAUUUAUCUUGGAGUCGAACCCCAUAGCAGCGUUGACCAGCUACGAACUGCCGCAGGACAAACCGCCGCCACCACCUCCGCCCCCCAAGCCCAGGGCCCCCAGAAAAACAAAAACUGCCUCUGUGCGGAAGCCUAUCGCUCAAGACGUGGAGCAGCUGGACGCCGCUCCUGGAUUCCGGACACGACGCACGCGCCAAUCUGCUGCUGCUGAGGCCAAUAAAGCAGCGGAGAACGCUGAAGCGGCCUCCGCAGCAGGCGCAGCACCUGUGGUCACUGAACUCGACAACCGCAGCAUGUUCGCCAACUUCGACAGUGGUUGGAUCUUGGAAGACGGGCAAGGGCGAGGAGGGCGGCGGCAUGCAUCCAGCGGUACGCCAAUCACCCAAGCAACAUCCGCGAGCCGCGGCGGUGCACGCGCAACGUCAGGGAAAGGCAGACGCAAGCGGAAUACAUCGCUGGCCCUCGCGACAUCGGUUUCUGCGAAUCAGACGUUACAAGAGGACACUGCGGAGGCGAGCUCGAGCAAACUUUCUUCCGUGUCGCCCACCGCGCCGACAGCAGACGGAGACGUUGACGAGGUUAUGGCAGAGCCCGUCGACGAUGUCGAUGAUUUGGGCGACAGUGCAUCUCAGGGACGUGGCUCCGGUACGAAACGGAGGAAGGUUGAGCAACAGAAGCCAAUCGUCAUCGAUGUUAUUGAAACCCCGGCGACUAGACGGGAGAAAGCUCGUCAAAAGAAGGAAGAGAGGGAGCGUCUCAAAGCGUCGCAGAAUCCCGGAGGGGCACCGGUGCAGCGACGCAGGAGGGGACCGGAGCGGGGGCGACCCAAAAAGGCUAUUGCGGACUUGGAUGGCUCUACUGUCAUGUCCGAACCAAGCGAACUAAGCGAAUUGACUGACCUGAGCGAAGACAGCCAAACCGGGCAGCAAAGCAACGAGGGCGAGGGCGAGGGCGGCGAAGGGAUUGAACACGGGGUUUCCGAAGGUGGAAAGACCAAUCAGCAAGACGGCGCUGUAGAUGGGCAGGAUGAUGGCGGCGAACAGACGGCUCCAGGAGAAGACGAUCACCCUCCGUCCUCCAAGGCGUCAUCUGGGGAUUCCGCGCAACGCGAAGAACCAGAGAAGGCUGAAGCACCAGCCGAAGUCCAGCCUUUUGAUGUCGUGAUCGACUACGACAACCCCCUCGAGCCUGGCACGCUGGUAUGGGCCAAGGCCCACGCCUACCCGUGGUGGGCUGCCGUGGUAUUCGAGGCUCCCGAUCCCGCCAUUCCUGCCGAUGUCGAUCGUGAUUUCUCAUGGGCAUAUGCAGAAGCGAAGAAAGCAGGAAAGCCACCUUUGACUCUGAUUCAAUUCUAUGAUAAAAAGAGGACGUGGACUUUUUUGCCUCCAGACAAGCUUAAGCUGCUGGGGGAGGACGACAAACUGGAUAUGAUGAUGAUUGAUGGGAAAAAUGGAAUACAGCACUUCAAGAACAAGAAAUUUCGAGCAGAAUGCCGGGACUCAUAUCGGCAGGCCAAGGCGGAGAUGGAGACCGCUCAGGAUCGGGCGGCGGCAGAAAGAGAGUCUGAAGAGCAGGACGAUCAAUCUACAAGCCCGACUAACCCAGAUACACCUAUGGAGGAUGCUCCCGCCCCUGUCGCAGAGGAUCACGAUGAGCGAGGUCAAGAUGAGGUAGCAGAGGUGGAACAUGCUGCAGACGGAGAUGCGGACGUCGACAAGGAUCUACUGGAUGCGGCUUCUUAG